AUGGCAGCUACAUAUCAAGACGCUAUCAUGCUGUUCGGAGACUCUCUGACCCAGGGAGCUUGGGAAUUCAAUGGGAUUGGUGCACGCCUCGCUCACGUCUAUGCACGUAAAUUCGACGUGUUAAACCGUGGAUUCUCGGGGUACAACACAGAAUGGGCGCUGCCCGUAUUCGAGCAGAUCUUCGCAAAGCAGCACGAGCAACAGCACGUCCCCCUUGUGCGGCUGCUCACCAUUUGGUUCGGUGCCAACGACGCGUGCAUUCCCGGAACCGCGCAACACGUCCCGCUCCCCCGCUUCACCGAGAACCUGCUCAAAAUGAUCCAGAUGGUUCAAUCACCGUCCUCUCCAUACUACUCACCCGAUACCAAGAUUAUCUUGAUAUCUGCGCCGCCGGUGAACACACAACAGCGCGGCGCCGACCUUGCCAGCCGUGACCCGCCGAAGGAUCUAGACAGGCUCUUCGAAAAGACGCAGACUUAUGCGGAGGAGGUUGUUAGGCUCGGAAAAAAGGAAGGUCUUCCAGUUGUCGAUGCAUGGACGAAGCUGUGGGAGGCAGCGGGGAAGGAGGAAAGCGCAUUGAAGGAAUACCUGUACGACGGUCUACAUGUGAAUGAGGCAGGCUAUAAGGUCGUGUAUGAUGGAAUCGUAGAGGCGAUCGCGACACAUUACCCGGAACUGCGUCAUGACGCGACGCAGUAUAGAUUCCCAACCUGGGAUUAUUUCAUCGACCACUCCGUCGACGACUUCAAGAAGGAACAUCAUCUUGCAGCAUGA